UGCGCCAAUAAUCAAAUGUUAGGGGAGAGAGAGAGAGAGAGAGAGAGAGGUAGCCGUGGAGACGACAGAGAGAGAGAGAGAGGGAGGACGGACAGAAGCACGAAGAGUUGUCUCGUGAAGCCGCGCAAGCCGAAGAAGAAGAAGAAGAAGAAGAAGAAGAAGAAGAGGAGGAGGUUGAUUACAGAAUGUGUCCAAAUGUCUACUGUUACGGCGAAGCAGACCGAGGAUGCGGCCGUUGAUUCUCUUGCUGCUCGGUUCGAUGACUCGCUCGUUUGCGAGCCCAACAAGCCGGACUACCGGGAACUCGAUCUCGGGUCCCCGGUCUCGCCUCUUAUGAUCCGGAACACCGCCAGCAAUGGCGGCGCCACCGCCUCGAGCAGCAGCUGUUCUAGCUCCGGUUCUGUCACCGGGAAAGCCAGCCUGCCCAGGAGACCCGGCACCCUGACGAAGCAUCUCUCCGGGGAGCUGUCGGAUAUGUCGGAGAUCCAAUCCCCGUCGAGGCGGGGCCACCGGAGAUCUGUCUCCGCUGGGGCGCCGUUGAUCUAUUCCAGCAAACCUUCCGCUAAAACCAAUACCGCUGGACCCCCAAAACCUAAUUCAAACGUGCACCUGAGCGGCAACAUCUGCCCCUCUGGGAAGAUCUUGAAGCCGAACCUCGCAAGCAUGUACGGCUGCCGGUCCACGAUGUUGGGAUCGGGAACAGGGAAUUAUGGGCAUGGGAGUGUAAUUCGGAGGGCUGCAGAGCGAGCGAAUGGUACCUUGGUUGGGGACAAUGGGGAGUCGAUCUUCAAGCAGGGGAUGGCGAGUACUGAUCCCGAGGAGGUGAAGGAAGCAGGCAACCAACUGCACCGGAGAGGUAGUUUUGAUGAGGCAUUGGCAUUGUAUGACCGAGCUAUUUCGAUUUUGCCGGAAAAUUCGCUGUUAAGGGGCAACAGGGCUGCGACAUUAACGGCUCUCGGGAGGUUGCCAGAGGCCGUGAGGGAAUGCGAGGAGGCAGUUAGGUUGAAUCCGGGCUACAGGCGCGCACGGCAGAGAUUGGCUUCUCUCUAUCUCAGGCUGGGGCAGGUCGAAAAUGCGCGGUUCCACCUCAAUUAUCCUGGGCAACAAAUUGACCCUAGUGACCUGCAGAAGCUACACUUGAUUGACAAGCACAUCAAGAGUUGCACGGAUGCCCGAAAAAUGGGAGACUGGAAGACUGCAAUGAGGGAGGCCGAUGCAGCUAUUGCUGUCGGAGCAGAUUCUUCUCCUCAGCUGGUUGCCUGUAAGGCGGAGGCAUUGUUAAAGUUCCACAGGCUUCAAGAUGCUGACACGACCCUAUCGAGCAUCCUGAAGAUUGAACAGAGUUUGCCUCCCUGUUCACAAACAAGGUUCUCUGGCAUGCUGGCAGAAGCUUACGUGCUGUAUGUCCGGUCCCGGGUGGAGAUGGCUUUGGGGAGGUUUGAGGAUGCAAUUGCAGCAGCAGAGAAAGCUAGCAUGAUUGAUAAAAAUAGUGUUGAUAUUACGAUCAUGUUGAGCAAUGUAAAAGCGGUGGCAAAAGCUCGUGCUCGCGGGAAUGAUCUAUUUAGCUCUGGUCGAUAUGUUGAGGCUUGCUUGGCCUAUGGGGAAGGACUCAAAUUUGACAGCUACAAUUCAGUCCUGUACUGCAAUAGAGCUGUUUGUUGGUCGAAGCUCGAACAGUGGGAGAAGUCUAUUGAGGACUGCAACCAAGCUCUGUAUAUUCAGCCAAAUUAUACCAAGGCACUUCUUCGAAGGGCCGUCUCAAAUGGAAAGCUUGGGCGGUGGGCAGAAGCGGUGAAAGACUAUGAAGUUUUACGUAGAGAACUUCCUGGAGACAAUGAUGUCAUUGAAUCUCUGCGUCGUGCUCAAGUUGCAUUGAAGGCAGUAGGGGGAGUUCAUAGCGCGAACAAUGGCAUGUAGAAAAGUCUCGGCGAAAUAAUUCCGAAACUCCCAAAUUGUCAUCUGGUUCGAUGUUAUGAAAGGCUACGACUGCAGAAAAGCAGAAGAAGAAGAGCUCGAGAACCCGUUUAGACAUUCUUUAAAAAGACCAUAAUCAACGCGGAGUACUUGGCUUCGUUUAUGCCCCAGGUUGGACCUGUUUCCUUCUCAAUGAGAUACGUCGCCGAAGCUGCAAGUAUUCAUCGCCGCUUAUUCUUAAACACAGGUCUCAAGUUCCCACAAACCUGUGACAUAAUUAAUCAUCUAUAUGGUUAUAGAUUUUAGCUAGAUAAAACCUCAGAAAAGUUCAUUAAUUACUUCCUUUUUUCACAUUUGGGAAAUCCAUUUAUAUUCUUUUAAGCAAUUAAGCACAUUGAUCGAUCUCGAGCUAUAUCCUUUUGUGUAAUGCAUAUUUUUUUUCUUUAUAGUUGUUUGGCCAAUUUUAUA